AUGCCAGUAAAAGGAAUACCCAAGGUCUCCAUAAGUCGAAACGGACUCGGGGCCUUCGUGUUGCCAUGUCACAGAGUCAAAAUCCAAUACUGUAACUGGGGAGGGUCGUCUACUGGCGUUAGGCACCUUCUUUCAUCGGGUACUUUGAACAAAAUUGCAACAGAAAAGCCGGGAAUUUUCUUUGAGGUUGUUAAAAAAGCUGGUCCUCCAAAGCUCACCUUCCACUAUAGUCCUGACAAAACCCGGGACGUUGAUGUUCGCAAUAUGGAUUUAAAGCUGUUGAUCAAGACUGUAAAUGAGUACUCACAAGCCAGCGGGAACCCAUUAUUCAAAUGGAACCACAAGGUUAUAUCAGACAACGAGUCUGUGAGAGGAGUGUGGUCGCCACUCCAUCUUCCAAAGGAUGCCAGACACCGUAUUUGA